AUGGCCGACACAUUCACACAUGCACUCAGCAGAGUGCGCCUCGACAGGUUAACACUCGCUCUCAGCACCGCCGCCGUGCUCGGCACCGCGCUCGUCCUACCAUCCGUCUACCGCGACUACCGCACCUUCCGGAAUUACGGACCAGGCGGUCUCCCAAACAAUGUCAUCGGCUGGCUGACCUGCCGCGCGCUCUUCCAGCCCUUCAAGGGCGAGAUGUUUAGCACGGAGGAGUACGUCAGGCGCGUGGAAGCGGCGGAGGGACAUGGGAAGGGCGAUGAGGGGUUCUUGGAACUGUCGCCGGAACAGCUUGCGUCGCGCAGUGUGACGGAUCGGCCUGUUGUAGGACCUCACGUCGUGCCGCAGCGGCAGUUGACGCAGAUACCCGAUGAGGACGUGAUGGAAAAACUUCGCUCGGCCUUUUCCGCGUUCGGGUAUCGCAAUCACCAUCUUGUCAAAGUGGAGUACUCGAAUCUGGAACGACAUUCGGAUGCACUUUUCUUGGCGGAUCAUUUGCCUGCGACAGAUCUCGCGCAGACGAUGCAAGGUGAGAUUGUGCAUAUUCAUUCGGGUUAUGAUCAUUCCAUACACGUGGUGUGUUCACCAGCGGAUUGCAAGAAAAUCCUUGAUGCAGGCUGGGGCCAGCGACACGGGUUCUCAGGUACUUCAGCUAUGACAUACUUGAGUCUGGGAACGCUGCCCGAUCUCCCUCUAGAGUAUAUUCUGAUCUACGCGCCUCGGACAGAGGCUGAUAUUAAGACAAUAAUGGAUAUUAUUGCAGCCGGCGUGAAGUUCAUGACGGGACGCGAAGAUACACGGUGA